CCUGCUCAGGUUGGAUGCUAAUGCUAAUGGACCCGGAACGGUAAAGCAGCACUCCGAAGAUGGCCGGGGUGUUUGAGGUGGAGGUUGACGGUGUAGAGCACGACCAUGGGCUGGAGCAUCACGAUGAACCGAACCAGUUCGAUGUGUCCAAGCUUUCACCAGAAGAGAAGUGGAGGGUGGAGCAUGCAAGAAUGCAUGCCAAACAUAAAGGUCACGAGGCCAUGCACGCGGAGAUGGUGCUGAUCCUCAUCGUCACCCUGGUCGUCGCCCAGUUAGUCCUUGUGCAAUGGAAACAGAGGCAUCCAAAGUCAUACAAUCUGGUGACUCUGUUCCAGAUGUGGGUAGUUCCUCUCUACUUUACUACCAAACUUCACUGGUGGAGGUUCCUGACCACAUGGUUUAUCUUCUCUGUCAUCACAGCGUACAUUUCCUUCCGUGCCACUCGCAAGCCGCUGGCCUGCACCACACCGAGGUUGGUGUAUAAGUGGUUCCUCCUUCUGUACAAGAUCAGCUAUGCCACAGGAAUAGUUGGCUACACCGUCGUCAUGUUUACACUUUUUGGUAUUAACUUAAUAUUCAGGAUAAAGCCAGAGGAUGCAAUGGAUUUUGGAGUGUCACUGCUAUUCUAUGGGCUGUACUAUGGAGUCCUCGGAAGGGAUUUUGCAGAGAUGUGUGCAGACUUCAUGGCUUCAACUGUUGGGUAUUACAAUGCAUCUGGCAUGCCGACCAAGCACCUCUCUGACAAUAUCUGUGCCGUGUGCGGUCAGCCCAUCCUCGUAGAUGUCAGUGAGGAAGGGAUUAUUGAGAACACGUACAGAUUAUCCUGCAACCAUGUUUUCCAUGAGUUCUGUAUAAGAGGAUGGUGUAUCGUCGGAAAGAAGCAGAUGUGCCCGUAUUGCAAAGAGAAGGUGGAUCUGAAGAGGAUGUUCAGCAACCCCUGGGAAAGGCCGCAUGUAAUGUAUGGACAACUUUUAGACUGGCUUCGGUACUUGGUGGCCUGGCAGCCCGUUAUUAUUGGAUUUGUGCAAGGUAUCAACUACGUCCUGGGUCUGGAGUGACCUGCGACUGGCAGAAAUGGACACACAUGCCAUGCUGAGAAGAUAUGCACUGGCUCAAAGGACUGAGGGCCUAACAUUGAACUAAAACACCAAUAAAAAAAAAAGUGUCUAUACUUUUUGUAUAUAUUUAUAGGCACAUAUCUGUAUUUACGGUUUAUUUGAAUUCUAUUAGUUAUCUGAAUUUGGAUGUCUGUCAAUUUUGCAGGAUUAUUUGUUCACUCAGCGUUACACUUUUAAUGAUCUUAUCGCCGAGUAGAUCGGUCUCAAAAUCAUUAGAGAGGAGCUUUUUACUAAUUUAGGUCUUAAAUGUUUAUACUUAGUUACAUGAUCAUUCUGGAGUUUGUUAUGUGUCACUGUAUUGGAGGUAAAAGGUCAAUUCAGAUGACCUCAUGUCUGCUGGUCAUCACCCAUCAUUAAUGGAAACCAGCAUCAGUCAUCACUUCCUGUGCCUCUAAAAUACAUGAACCCUUUAUCCAUCAUGUAACUGCUUCGUUUUACGCAAUCGCACAUUUUGCUGUUCGACGUGAGGUAAAUAUUUGAACUGAAGUGAUACAAGUUUCACAAUGGCUCACAGUCAUGUGUCAUGAGUAGAUGCAUUGUCAUCAUGGAGGGAAGAAGUGCGUAGUGUAUUUAGAAGGGAAUACCUCAUACAGUACGUGCUAAGAUGGAACUUUGUCUCUUACAGGGUUUUAAAAUAUCCUCACUGUCUUCAGAGAAAUACUCAUCCUUACCCACUGGCAUUAAGAGGAGCUUUUACCUGUUAUAUAAUAUCUAAGUAUCUGUAAGCAUGAAUCAGAAAAUUGAAUAAAUGGAUAUCACAAAGCUUGGCCAAAUGUAACCAAACUCAAAAAUAGUCUAGAAAGUGCUAGAGGUAAGAUAUUAUGUGUGAAUCAGGUGAACUGUUCUGAAAUCAGUGACAUAGGAACCACUUAUUAACUGGGCCCAAACUAUUGACUGUUGACUUUAAAUUUGAUUUGAGGAAAAAAAGAAAAACAUCCCACUAUGAUCCUUUAACUCUGAGCGUGUUGACGGUGCCAGUCUUAUUUUUUUGUCACCUGUUCAAACGUUUCUGCUACUGUAUGUGGGUUUUCCGGGAUAAAAAAAGUUGCUGGAAGGGGAUGGUCGGGGAUGUUCUGCAGGUACUGGACCCAGUAUAAAUGCAUCAAAAGGCCUAUUUUGAGGGACAAUGUCUCAUCCCUGGACCUCUCCACCAGCUCCAACAGUAAACGGACUGUGUCCAACAAGGCUAACAUGAUCAUUUUUGUUCUGUUGUCAAUGUUUUCAUCAAGAUGAGUUAAUAAAUGUCACAUGGCUCA